AUGCAGGCCAUUAAAUGUGUAGUUGUAGGAGACGGUGCUGUAGGAAAAACAUGCUUGCUUAUUUCUUACACAACAAAUGCCUUUCCUGGAGAAUACAUUCCAACAGUUUUUGAUAAUUAUUCAGCCAAUGUUAUGGUUGACGGAAGGCCUAUAAAUCUUGGUCUUUGGGAUACUGCUGGACAAGAAGAUUACGAUAGAUUGAGGCCUUUAUCGUAUCCUCAAACUGAUGUUUUUCUUGUUUGCUUCUCGUUGGUAAAUCCUGCCAGUUUUGAAAAUGUUAGAGCAAAAUGGUAUCCUGAAGUUUCGCAUCAUUGUCCUAAUACUCCAAUCAUUCUUGUUGGAACCAAGGCGGAUUUAAGAGAGGAUAGGGAAACAAUUGAAAGGCUGCGAGAGCGUCGUUUAGCUCCUAUUAGUCCUACACAGGGACUAGUGAUGGCCAAAGAGAUUAAGGCAGUAAAAUAUUUCGAAUGUUCAGCUUUGACACAAAAGGGUUUGAAACAGGUAUUCGAUGAAGCUAUUCGAGCUGUUCUUUGCCCACCAGCCAAGCCAAAAAAGAAAAAAUGUACCAUUUUGUAA